AUUUGGUUGGAUGGUUUAUUUUUCCAUCACAUGCAUUUAGGUGUGUUUUAUUUUAUUUUUUAAUUUUUUGAAGAAAAAAUGUAGAAACUAGAAACAGGCGUGUAAAAUGUUUGAGGUUUAGGCCUUUUUAUCCGAGGUUGAGAUAUCCUAGAUUUACUGGGUUUGUGAAUGAGAAAGUUUUGUUGUUUAGUCCAUUGGCGUGGUCCCUCUUCUUCCCUGCUCUAUUAUUAUUAUUAUUUCUAUAGGCUUAUUAAUUUCAUACCCAAAAAACAUAUUCAGGGUAGGUUUGAGAUGGACUGGUUGAAGAACAGAGAGAGAAGGUUCUGUUUGAGCAUGUUACUCCAGCUUUUUUGGUCCAUCCAUUAUUAAACAAUGGUAAAGUGAAUAUAGUUUUGCGUCUUCCGCCGUACCAGAUGUUGUGAACUAAGAUCAUUUCACUUCUGGAUUUGAGAUUCAUUGAACAAAGGGCAGGAAGAAGUAUUUCGUGCUUUUGAAUGUGAAGGAAGUCACUCCAUGAGAGCUUCUCCAUUUGAUUGUGGCGGCAGAAUAUAGAUCUUCAAUCAUGAAGGAGGUUGACAAAAGUAAAAUUACAAAUAAUAACCAGACAAGGCGCUCUAAAAGAACUGAAAGGAGAGACCAAAAACUUAAUCAACGGAAUUCAGGCAAAACUUUGAAUGGAAAAGACAGUCAAUCUAGAGCAUCUUAUUCUAAACCAGACUCCAGUACUUUAGUAAGUGACUUGAACACGGGCACAGAGCCCUCUGAAGUUUAUGAAAACAUGGUUAUACAUUAUGUGGAUGAUGUCAACAGGUUUGAAGAGCCAUCUCAAGAUCUGAAAGCCAAUGAAAUGAUUUCCAAAGAGAUCAUGGAGGAAGUUUUAGAUGGGAAUUCUACUGAUUUGGACGGAGAGCAUAAGCAGGGGAAGGAAGAGGUUUCAGAUCCUGAGACGACAAAGGAUUCCUUAUCAUCUCAAGGGGAUCCACUGACAACUGAGGAUGAGAAAGCAGAAAAAGUUUCAAAAGUUGCAAAAAGUAAUGCGAAGAGUAAUUCAAUAGCAAGCAGUCAACGAGGAUCCAAGGAGAAAUCUGAUCGUGAAAUUAGCAAACCACAAGCCAGGGCAUUACGUAAUACUCCCAAAAAAUCUAAUAAUGCAAAUGGAAAGCCUUCAAGAGUUACCACCAAAAACUCCUAUCAAAGCAAUUCUAAAAGUGUCAAUGUUCCUUCUAAACCUUCAUCAGAAUCCUCUGAGGGACUUGAUGAUAAGCCUGCUGAAGAGGUGAAAGGAAGUGAUACCUUGGAUGAGAUCCCAAAUGGUGCUCAGUUGGAUGAGAUCUCUAACGGCUUCCAACUGGAUGAAACCACAAAUGGUGCACACUCAGAUGAGAUUUCGAAUGGUGCACACUCGGAUGAGACCUCAUAUGGUGCGCACCUGGAUGAGAACUCAAAUGGUGAAAACCUGGAUGAGACCUCAAAUGGUGCACACCUGGAUAAGACUUUACCUGGUGCCCAGAAUGUUGGAAGUGACGAUGAUGCAGUUUAUGCUGAAGAAAAUGGUGAACAUCAGUUUGAGACUUCUUUGCAAAAAAAGAUUGAAGAAAUGGAAAUGAGAAUUGAGAAACUUGAAGAAGAACUGCGAGAAGUUGCAGCUCUUGAAAUUUCUCUCUAUUCCAUAGUACCAGAGCAUGGGAGCUCUGCACAUAAAGUGCACACACCUGCUCGCCGCCUUUCUAGACUUUAUAUUCAUGCUUGCAAGCAUUGGACCCAGUAUAAGCGAGCAACAAUUGCUAAAAACACUGUAUCUGGGCUUAUUUUGAUUGCAAAAUCAUGUGGUAAUGAUGUCCCAAGGUUGACCUUCUGGUUAUCAAACACUGUUGUGCUAAGGGAAGUCAUUUCUCAAGCAUUUGGUGGUUCCUGCAACUCAAGUCCAGCAACGAAGUUUGCUAAGUCACAUGGGAAUGGCAAGGGAAAUGAAAUGAAGUCUACAGCACUGAAAUGGAAGGGGAGUCCUGGUAGUAAACAAAUAAAUGGUUUUAUGCAGUUUGUUGAUGAUUGGCAGGAGACAGGGACUUUCACUGCUGCACUAGAGAAAGUUGAAUCCUGGAUUUUCUCACGGAUAGUUGAGUCAGUUUGGUGGCAGGCUAUGACUCCAAAUAUGCAAUCUCCAGUUGAUAACUUGUCCAAUGAUAAGACCUCUGGAAGACUGCUGGGACCAGCCCUGGGUGAUCAGCAGCAAGGCAGCUUUUCUAUCAGUCUGUGGAAAAAUGCUUUCCAGGAUGCCUCUCAACGACUCUGUCCUCUUCGAGCUGGGGGACAUGAGUGUGGUUGCUUGCCUCUGUUGGCGAGAAUGGUUAUGGAACAAUGUGUUGCCAGACUUGAUGUAGCAAUGUUCAAUGCUAUUUUGCGUGAGUCAGCUCAUGAGAUCCCUACUGAUCCAGUGUCUGAUCCCAUCCUGGAUCCCAAGGUUCUACCUAUUCCAGCUGGGGAUUUGAGUUUUGGUUCUGGUGCACAACUUAAAAAUUCUGUUGGAAGUUGGUCUCGAUGGCUAACUGACAUGUUCGGCAUGGAUGCUGAUGAUGCCCCGCAAGAAGAUGAUGACGGGCAGGGUGGAGAUGGUGAACCUAAAUCCUUCCUUCUUCUUAAUUCCCUGAGUGAUCUUCUGAUGCUUCCAAAAGACAUGCUUAUGGACCGAUCAAUAAGAAAGGAGGUAUGCCCAUCAAUUAGUCUUCCAUUGAUCAAGCGCAUACUUUGCAACUUCACUCCAGAUGAGUUCUGUCCAGAUGCAGUUCCAGGUGCUGUGUUGGAGGCUCUAAAUGCUGAGAGCAUUGUGGAGCGGAGAUUGUCAGGGGACUCCCUAAGAAGCUUCCCUUAUGCAGCGGCACCAGUUGUGUAUACCCCUCCUCCAUCUACUGCAGUGGCAGAAAAGAUUUCAGAGGCAGGAGGGAGAUCUGAAUUGACAAGAAAUGUAUCUGUUCUACAGAGAAAGGGAUAUACCAGUGAUGAGGAACUUGAGGAGUUAGAUUGUCCUCUUGCUUCCAUCAUUGAAAAAUUGCCAUCAUCACCAAAUAACAUAGAAAAUGGAAAUGGAAAACACAAGGAGGAUACAAGGCAGACCUGCCUAAAUGAAAGGUAUGAGCUCCUCCUUGAGGUCUGGUCUGUAUGAAUGUUGGAACAGGGAUUUUUGUAUGUAAAUCUGUGGUUCAUGUAACAAAGGAAAAUGUGGACAAUACAUAGAUAAGUUGUUAAUAUUGGAAGAUCAAAGAACAUGAUGGCUCAAAGUGUUUUUAAGAGAUUUCAAAUUUGUGGUGGACGCCGUGAUAUUUCUUGUAUGGAGUUUUGAUAUCAUAUACAGCAUUUACAGAGUACAUUUUUGUUCAGUAAAA